AGGUCGGAACGUAUUAUUUUUAAAAAACUCAUUGAAAAACUUGGAGAAUCUCCCGAGAGUGAUGAAGAAAGCCCGGAUUUUAAUAGUAAUACCAUACCAAAACCUGGAAGCGCAAAACAUACAAGUUUGUCAAAA